GGUGGUGGAGGUGGAGCCGCUCCAAAAGGGCCUUCGGGAGGUAUGCAACCUUCAAGCAAUGGUGGUGGCGCUCUUCCAAAUCCGUUUGGUCCCGGAGGACCUCCAAGUGGAGGUGGUGGCGGAGUGGGGCCAGGAAAAAUGCCACCAGGAGGUGGGGGUGGAUUCGGCCCCGGUCCCGGUCCUGGUCCUGGUCCGGGUCCUGGUCCUGGUCCGGGUCCUGGUCCUGGUCCUGGUCCAGGUCCUGGUCCCGCUACCGGUCCUGGGUCUCGUCCCGGUAUUGGACCAAGUCCACCUGUAAAUGGUGGUGGCAAGGGCCCGAACGCACAACCACCUGCUAACGGAGGAGGGGUACUUCCAAAUCCAUAUAGUCCUUCUGGAGGUGGUGGAGGAGGUGGUGGAGGAGGUGGUGGAGGUGGUGGAGGAGGUGGUGGUGGUGGUGGAUUUGGUCCUGGUCCUGGUCCUGGACCUACACCAGUUCCACCCAAUGGAGGUCCUCCAGGAGGCGGUCCCCCAGGAAGCGGUCCACCGAGUAGCGGUCCACCAGGUAGCGCUCCACCAGGCAGCGCUCCACCAGGCAGCGCUCCACCAGGCAGCGCUCCACCAGGAAGCGGUCCUCCCACUGCAGGUUCUCCAAGAGGGGGAGGUGGUGGUGGAGGUGGCGGAGGGGCAAGUCCCGGUCCCACUCCAUCAGGAAAUGGUGGUGGUAAGGGCCCUAACGCACAACCAUCUGGCAACGGAGGAGGGGUACUUCCAAAUCCAUAUGGUCCUAAUGGAGGUGGUGGUGGAGGAGGUGGGGGUGGAUUUGGUCCUGGUCCUGGUCCUAGUCCUGGUCCUGGUCCAGGUCCUGGUCCUGGUCCUGGUCCUGGUCCAGGUCCUGGUCCUGGUCCUGCACCGGUUCCACCAGGUGGCGGUCCCCCAGGAAGCGGUCCACCAGGAAGUAGUCCUUCUGGAGGCGGAAAAGGACCUGGUCAACAGCCUUCAGGGAAUGGAGGUGGAGUACUUCCAAAUCCCAAUGGUCCACUGUACCCUCCAAGUGGUGGUGGUGGUGGUGGUGGUGGCGGAGGCGGUGGUGGCGGAGGCGGUGGUGGACCCGGACCUGGACCCGGACCCGGACCCGGACCCGGACCCGGACCCACCCCUGGUCCUGGGUCUGGACCUGGAUCUAGUCAGCCAGGUACCGCCGGUGGGAACGGUCCAAACGGACAACCGCCUGGCAACGGUGGAGGAGUUCUUCCUAAUCCGAAUGGUCCACCGUACCUUCCUGGAGGAGGUGGUGGUGGGGGUGGAUCGGCACCUGGAUCUGGUCCAGGUUCAGGUCCAGGUCCGGGUCCUGGAACCUUGACUGGACAAUCGUUACCCCCUGCAGGAGGAAGUGGUGGAGGAGCCUCACCUUCCCCACAAGGGGGCGGAGGGGGAGGUGCGUCACCGACUCCAAGUAACAUACCUUGCGGUCCUGGGAGCAACGGAAACCCAACAUCUGGAAAUGGAGCCAUGCCGAACGCUCCUACUCCAACAAUGCAGCCUCCGCCCACACCAAGCCCUCAACCAGCAGGAGGCGGAGGUGGAGGAGGUGGGGGAGGGGGCGGAGGUGGGGGAGGAGGAGGAGGAGGUGGUUUUGGUUUUGGAGGGGGUGUAGGAGGUGGUGGUGGAGGAGGCGGGGGCGGUGGAGGAGGAGGAGGAGGUGGUGGCGCCACCGGAAGCAAUAGUCAAAGCAAAGUCCAGAACAGCAAUGCUGCAAACCCAGCAGGUGCGAAUGGUAGCCCCAGCGGAAAUCUCAAUCCAGGAGGUAAUCAAGGUAGUAACAAUGCUAAUCAACCACCGAGCCCGCAAUCAAUUGGAGGAGGGUUUGGUGGUGGAUUCGGAGGAGGUGGAGGUGGUGGAGGAGGUGGUGGGGGUGGCGGAGGUGGCGGUGGAGGAGGAGGAGGUCGAAGACGUAGAAGUGUCGUUAUCGGAAGAAGAGGUAGUAAGAGUGGAAGUUCCACAAAAAAGAAACCAGCGAAACCUAAAAAACCCUCAUCGAAUUCCGGCCCCUCUCAACAAGGGAAGAAGAAACCGAAACGUUCACGUCGAUCUCCUUAUAUAGCAAGGCGGGUUCCUGCCGGUGGAGGUGGCGGCGGCGGCGGUGGUGGUGCUGGUGGUGGCGGCGGGGGUGGUGGAGGAGGUUUUGGCUUCGGUGGCUCCAAAAUGAUGAAAAAGGCAGGAGGUGGAGGUGGAGGUGGAGGCGGAGGCGGAGGCGGAGCAGGAGGUGCAAAUAAUAAGGCCAAGACGCCCUCAAAUUCUGGGCAAGCUGGAGGUACUCCUGUAAAGCCACAGCCACCUGCACCGUCACCGCAAAGCCUUAGUCCCGGACGUGGAGGUGGUGGCGGUGGUGGUGGUGGCGGAGGGAAACGAAAACGUAGGUCGAUUGCAAUAAAUAGGCGGGGAGGUGAGGGCGGAGUUGGACGUAAGCGUCGAUCACUUGAUGUAACGAGGCGGGACCCUGCCGGUGGAGGUGGUGGUGGUGGUGGCGGCGGUGGCGGUGGUGGUGGCGGUGGUGGUGGAGGAGGUUUUGGCUUCGGUGGCUCCAAAAUGAUGAAAAAGGCAGGGGCUGGUGGUGGAGGUGGAGGCGGAGGCGGAGGCGGAGCAGGAGGUGCAAAUAAUAAGGCCAAGACGCCCUCAAAUUCUGGGCAAGCUGGAGGUACUCCUGUAAAGCCACAGCCACCUGCACCGUCACCGCAAAGCCUUAGUCCCGGAGGUGGAGGUGGUGGCGGUGGUGGUGGUGGCGGAGGGAAACGGAAACGUCGAUCUUUGGAUUCUGUCAGGCGUGGAGAUGAAAAUGGUGAAUUGCUUAUAUCGUCGAAUUUUGAGGCCAACAAGGAUGUUAUUAGUUUGAUUGUCAGGCGAGACCUUACAUUAGUGGAUCAUUCUGGAAGUAUGAUAAAUCCGAUGGAUUCACUCACGAUGUCAGACGAUAGUGAAUGCGUUCCAUGUCAGCAAUCCACGACCACUCCAUUUCAAAGUGGACCAUCUAGUCCCGGAGGCAAGAUUGAUCGGUCAGGAGGCGGUAAUAGUGGUCAAGCAAAACCUACUCCUACCCCAUCCCAAGGCAAAGGUGGUGGAGGUGGUGGUGGCGGUGGCGGCGGCGGUGGUGGGGGAGGAGGUGGGGGAGGAGGUGGUGGAGGCGGAGGAUGGGGAGGUGGAGGAUGGGGUGGAGGCUGGAGUUCUGGCUCAGGUAGACACGGUGGUGGUAGCACUAAUGGCGGUAAAGCUGGUGGAGGAGGGGGUUAUGGUGGAGAAGGUGGUAGUUACAGUAAACGAAAACGUCGAUCCACGUCAACUGAGAUGAAAUUAAAAAGAACCCAGGAGUUUGGUUCGAUCGAUACGGGUAGUCAUAUUCGAGUAAGAAGAAUCUUUAUGGAAUCAUGGAAUAUAAGUUUUUCCGGUUUGAGGUUGAAUACAACAGGAGCUGACAACUUGAACUUGAACGCAACGCAACCUACUCCUGUAAAUAAUAAUACAGCAGCUAACACAACGGGCGCUACUCCUGAAACUAACGACGACAGUAAUGAUGAUGACUCGAAAAGGAGGCGAAGAAGAUCAAUUUCCGACGACUUUCCAUUGAAUGGCUUUCAUGCCAAUGAAUUUACUGAUAAUGAUUUUCAGAUUCGAGAACCUUUGAAAGUCCGAAUUCGUAGAGCAAUACUAAGGAGCGAGUUUAUUACAGGGGAUGGUCAUGUCGAAAAGAUGAGUGAUUCGUUUGUAGGUGGCAGUUUCAAUCAGAUCAAUGACGGUAUUAAUGCUUUGUUUCCUGUCAUCCGAAUCCGACGACAAUCUUCCCAGGGUAUAGCAGGAGGGAAUGGACAGCCACCUCCUCAAGCAGGUGGAGUAGGAGGUGGAUUUGGUGGCGGA